GAUUCUGAUAACUGGCUAUAUGAUUUAAUAAGUCUGCAAGCGGGAGCGGUUAUUUCAUUUCAAAGCUCCAGUUUUUUUACUUCAUCGACUUGACACUAGAGAUAUCCAACAAUAAUAAAUCUUCAUCGUUACAAACAAUCGUUCGAGUCUCUCGAAUCACAUUACACUUGUUCAAACCAAACUAUCUUACAUACCUACACAAACAGAAAGUAAAGACUUCAAGGACAUUUACAAGACCCAAAAAACAUGGCAACCUCUCAGCCCGGUCUAAAUGGUCAACAGGAUCUUCAAGAUCACACCCCCGAUCAAGGACUCUCUGCAUUAUCACUCUCUUCCCAAACUGUUCACGCCGACGAUUUCCUUAACAAAGGCCAAGAUGUUGCACCACCUCUGCACGUAUCCACCACUUUCCGCUACAGUAAUAACCCAGACGACCUCGUUCCAGUAAGUGAACAAGAUUCCCAAGCACCACAAGAUGGACACAUCUAUUCCCGCAUGAGCGCCCCCACCACCACCCGCUUCGAAGCAAUCCUGAGCAGCAUCCUCAAAGGCCCCACCCUCACAUACACAUCCGGUCUCUCCGCCUUCCACGCCGCGCUCGUCUAUCUCAACCCCAAACGCAUUUCCAUCGGCGAAGGCUACCACGGCUGUCACGGCGUCAUAAACGUGCACACCAAACUGACCGGGCUCCAGAAACUGCCUCUCGAUUGUCCCGCCGAGGAUCUCCAUCCCGGGGACAUCAUCCACGUGGAGACCCCGCUCAAUCCCUAUGGCACCGCCUACAAUCUCGCUGCUUUUGCCGAGAAAGCGCACUCUCGCGGUGCGUUCCUAUCCGUCGAUGCGACGUUUGCGCCGCCGCCUCUGCUGGAUCCGUUUCUCUGGGGUGCAGACAUCGUCAUGCACAGCGGCACCAAGUACAUCGGAGGACAUUCCGAUAUGCUCUGCGGUAUCCUCACUGUGAACCCCAAACACGUUGCAGAUGGUUGGUUCCAGGGGCUACAGAACGAGCGAGUGGUGCUGGGGAAUGUGAUGGGAUCGAUGGAGGGAUGGCUCGGCAUCCGCAGCGUUCGAACGCUGGAAAUUCGCGUCAAGCAUCAAUCGGCCUCGGCGCAGAAUCUCGUUUCGUGGUUAGACAAGGCUUUGAAGUCUAAUGAUCCUGAAACUGAGGUGGUGAGGAAGACGGUGCUUAAAAUUGAGCAUGCAAGUUUGCAAGAGGAGGAUAUCAAGGAUGGGUGGCUAUUGAAGCAGAUGCCAAAUGGAUUUGGACCUGUGUUUUCCAUCAUUUUAAAAGAAGUGGGGUUUGCAAAGAAGCUACCCGCCAAGUUGGACUUGUUCCAUCAUGCUACGAGUUUGGGUGGUGUGGAGAGUUUGAUUGAGUGGAGGGCAAUGUCAGACGCGACUAUUGAUCAGAAAUUGUUACGGGUCAGUGUAGGAAUUGAGGGGUGGGAAGAUUUGAGAGAUGAUCUAUUACAAGCCUUUAAGUCAUUAGUGGAUAGUAAAUAGAAUCUUGAAGAGGGUAUGUGAAUAUUAGAGCACAUUUGGCGCGCAUAUUAUUAAAAAGUAUGAAAAUAUUAAGUAAUCUAUUGCA